UCACAUCACACGCCCGUGAUCCGGAGCAAGCAGGAUACCUUGUCCUCGGGGCCCCAGUCAAUGGAUUCUAAUCCUGGGAGAUGAUGGGAGAUGAUGAUGAUAGAGCUGCUGUCCUGUUUCGACGACGAGGUCAGCCUUUCACAUUCACAAAUCUCCCGCAGCUUUUCUUUUUUUGGCUCGGUCACACGCUCCUUUCAAUUUCCUUCCCCAUAUUAUUGUUGUAAUCCUUAUUUUGACAUACUCGGGCCCUUCUCCCGCAGGUGGCGCUGUAUAUGUGUGAGUGUGUGUUUGCUGGCGCUCAGCCUCAGUGUUCAGAAGCAGGCUCUGGGUCGCAUUCUGUACAUUCAUCCGCGGAACAGCAGGUCAAAUGCCUCUCUCUGCUCUGCUAUGCUUUGCUUUGUGGCGAGAGGGGGGAGAGGUCUAGCCUUAUCCUCGCUGUUCUACUUGCCUAUUUUUUCUUCCCCCUUGUUGAUUUUGUAGGCGCCACCGUGUGCAUGUGCGCGCGCCUUAUCUCAAUGCAGCUCUGAUUGGUAUUUCAUAUACGUGGUUUUGCUGGUACGCGGAUGGCCACUGUAUUGAUGCGCAUGUCCAGGGUAGGUGGGCAUUGUUGGCCCUCGGAUGGAAAGGGGGCGGGUUUCACAGGUGGUGGAGCAAUGACACGAGGGUCCUCACGUG